CGAUGAACUAGCUCCCUUCUGCGUGUCCUAAUCUGUCCGGAACCAAUCAUCAUCAUGAACUGUGUAGUGCGGAGGGGCGUGGUCACACUGGCUCAACACCGUCCUCUGAUAACAUUCCCCGUCCGGACACCACUAACCCCCGUCCUUCCUCCACCCCUCACUGCCGCACAGCUCAACCAAAAUGUACCGGCUGUUGAAGACGCGAACUUCUCGACUAGAGUAGUGUUGGAUGAGUUACCUCUCCGAUACAGGCGGAGACCGUUGGAAGACCUUGAGAUAAACUGUAUAAAUAUGGGAGGUCCUGAGUAAGACAGCUCAGAUAAAAGAUACAAACUUAUAUCUUAUAAGGGUUCUAUAUGAAAUACUGCUGACACAGGCCGGGUUUCCUUUGAGAAGACGCUGAGUCGAGAACGGCGAGCAGUCACUAAGUAGUCUCUAUUAUACGCAGCUUUAAAAGACAUUAUUUGUAAAUAUUUCAUAGAAUGUCGGAUUUUUUUGGAGGAGUAUUAAUGUGAAUUGUUAUGUUGUAUUUAUUUCCAUAAUAUAAAGUCCUAGCCUAAUAAUUAGUGAUUUAAAUUUAAUUCGAUAAUUUUCUACCUCGAGUCUCUAAAUUUCGCCUAUAAAAACUGAUCAGAACUUUCAUUUCAGACACUACCAUUUAUUCGCUUUGUUUACCUUCCAUGCACUUCGUUGCUUUAUUUCUGAUUUCAAAACCCUAAUGCCAUGAAUUUGGCAUUUAACAUGUUUUACAUUUCCAACAUUAGGCCAUGUCGCUACCGAAAAACAACUUGGCGGAGCAAAUGGCCCUGCUCCAGAAGAAGAAUCUGAAGAGUAUGCUAAAGAGGAAGCGCCAGAGUGACCCCCUAACAUCUCAGUCUAAACGUCCUAGUUUCGGGCUGAGUACUUCAUCGUUACCCAAUACCCCACCUCCCUCCUCUUCCUCUUCUUUUCUUGGGUCUAACAGAGGUUUUGGACGGAGCUCGUUGAGUUCGGAGCGACUCAAGUUGUCACCUAAACCAGAAGACAUUUCCCCUAAAUCAGGUGUUAUAAAUCUGUCUGAUGAUGAGAAACGGGCCAUAGCGAUCCCGGUUGAAGAUGACGAUGACGAUGAUUUUGAGCCACUUAGACCUUCACAGGCAAAAAUAAAGAAACCUACUCCUCCAAAACUAACAAACCGCAGCAUAUUUGAUGAGGUCCCCUCUCGCUCUUCUAAUUUUAUAUUCGGUGGUGAGGAUGAUAUACCUCCUCCGCCGCCUCCACCGCCACCUCGAAAAUGUGAUAACACAAGAACUCAAUUCAACAUUCGUGCUGACGAACUUUUUGGUGAUGACGAUCCUCCACCUCCUCCACCGCCGCCAAAAGCUAAAAACACAAGAACAGUAUUCAAUAUUGGUGAUGACGAAUCUUUUUCGGGACAGAAAGUUACUGUAGAUCCAGUAAAAGAAAACGUAAAGAAAUCACUAACUUCAAAAGGGAGCUUGUUUGAUACGACCUCUGAAUACGACAUGUAUGAUGUCGCAACAUCUGGAUCACCGGUAAAAAGUGAAAGAAGCCUUGCUGAAACCAUCGCAGAGUUCGGCCUGCUUGAGAAGAAAAACAUGUCCACCCAAAAACCAGCAACACAUCAAUCGAACUUAGUCAAGCAACAAACAACCCUGACUUCAAGACUUAGCUCCCUGACUCGACAACCUAGUUCCAAAUUAUUAAGUCCCGAGAAGAGUACUGGUGUUAUGGUCAAGGUACAGCCUACCAAGGGGGUCAAGAAAAACGUGGUCGAUAUAGAACUUGAGGACAUCAGAGAUGCUAAAAAUGACCGAUUGAUCACGUCAAGAUCUGACAAUUAUUUACGUGUUUGUGAAGAAAUCUGCGAGUUGGUGGGUGAUGGGGUGCAACCUUUCAAACCUGUCGUUCUGAAUAGGAUAAAAUUUCUGCAGAAGAAAAGGUUACAGCUGCAGACUACAAAAGAGGAAUCUCCAAAGAAGGAUUUAUCGAAGACAUGUGAUGAUAUUUUCGAGCGUGAAACACCUCCUCCGGAUAUCAACUUUGAGGACUCCUUCAUACCCACUGACAGAUUUGAGACCCCGGAUCAGUUUGAGGAGGAGCAGCUGGAUGACGGAUAUCCUGAGGAGGAUCACUUUAUCGAGCCCCCGCAAAAUCACCUGCCAUCUGAUGAGGAGGAAGAGGAUCCGUUUAGUGACGAUGGUUUUGAUGACGAAAUACUGUCCCGUGUAGCAGAGGAAUCUCUGGCAGCCAGCCAACAAACCUGGAACAGCGCCAGCUCAGCAAGUUCAGCGGGCCAGAUGGCUAACCCUUAUAAUGGAGAGACAUCUUUCACUGCCACACAACUUACUCACAACACAAAGAUUUCGGAUCAUGAAGAAUUGGCAAGGACAGACUUCUCAUUUUCAAGAAAGCUGCUUCAGGGAUUCAAAUCUGUAUUUGGACUACGUAAAUUUAGAAAAAAUCAGCUCGAAUGUAUGAAUGCUACUCUUCAAGGGACGGACUGUUUUGUGCUGAUGCCGACGGGAGGUGGUAAGAGUUUGUGUUACCAGCUACCAGCACUCAUCAAAGAUGGUGUUACUAUCGUGGUAUCACCUCUGAAGUCCCUCAUUCAGGACCAAGUUCAGAAACUGGUCGAACUUGGGAUACCAGCAUCUCAUCUUAGUGGUAACCUGACGGCAGGACAGGCAAUGCAGGUAAUCAGAGAUCUGAACAGUAGAGAGCCCCAACUUAAACUCCUCUAUGUAACUCCGGAGAAAAUAGGAUGUUCAACUCAACUCCGGGAGUGCUUUAACAGUUUAUACAACCGGAACCUAUUGAAUAGGUUCGUGAUAGACGAGGCUCAUUGUGUGUCCCAGUGGGGUCACGACUUCAGGCCGGACUACACCAAGUUAGGUUCACUGCGGACCAGUUACAGGAAUGUUCCGAUAAUGGCGCUCACUGCAACAGCCGCUCCUCGGGUCAGAGCUGACGUUCUUCACAACCUCGGACUCAACGACUCUAAAGUGUUUAUCACCAGUUUUAACCGAGCGAAUUUAAAGUACAUCAUCACUCCAAAACCGAAGAAAACGUACUUUGAGGGAGUGCUCGAGUUGAUCAACAGGUCGUACAAAGGGCUGUGUGGGAUUGUUUACUGUCUCUCCAGAAAUGACUGUGAAAAUUGUGCAGAUUUUCUGGCUAAGGGAAACGUCAACGCUCUGGCUUAUCACGCAGGCCUUACUGAUAUACAGAGGUGUCACACUCAGAAAAAAUGGAUUGACGACGAAGUUCAGGUGGUGUGUGCUACAAUAGCAUUCGGUAUGGGAAUAGACAAGCACGACGUGAGGUACGUUAUUCACCACACGUUACCUAAGAGUGUGGAGGGUUUCUACCAGGAGUCAGGGAGAGCUGGUCGUGAUGGUGAUCCUGCUGACUGUAUACUACUCUACAACUACUGUGACGUCGCUAGGAUCAAGAAGCUCAUAUUUUCUGAUGACGGGCAGGGCAACUGGGAGACGAAGAAUGUUCAUCUGGACAACCUGAAUUAUAUGAUACAGUUUUGUGAGAAUAGAUUGGAUUGUAGGCGGACACAGCUACUCAUAUAUUUUGGAGAAGAGUUCUCAGCAGAAGAAUGCAGAAAAGUUCGCCGGACCACCUGUGACAACUGUGUAUCACGUGGAAAGUACGCUGCAAAAGACCUCUCAUCCGAUGCUCAGACGGUCGUUAAAUUAGUCAAAGAUUUUGGAGGAAACAGCAAAUUUACUUUGAUUCAUUGUUGCGACGUUUUACGGGGUACCGACUCCAAGAAAGUGACUGGUUCAGGGCACAACCGAAACGUGGCGUUCGGAAAAAUGAAAGGACAGAAACGAGUGGUAAUAGAACGAUUAAUGAGACGAUUAGUCUCAGACAACGUUCUCAAAGAAACAAUAACUGUAGGAUUUCACGGAAUGGUGGUAAGCUAUGUUCAGCUUGGUAAGAAGGCUCAGGACUUACUCUCAGGGCGGUUAAAGAUCGUGAUGGAUGUUGAAGUUACUCAGAAGAGAGUGAGUGUUGCUGCUGAAACCAAGUCUAACCCUGCGGUAGACAAGGUUGUGAAGUGCUGUUACGAUGCCUUGAUACAGUGCAGGAAGGACAUAGCAGCUGAAAAGAGGGUGGCGGUUCACAAUAUCUUGUCGAGUGAUACUCUCCACGAGAUGAGUGAAGUCAGACCCCACACCGUGGAGCAACUUCUCAAUAUCACCGGAGUCACUCAGCUAAAAAUAGACUUUUAUGGAGCAGAGUUUUUGAAGCGACUGAAAAACUUUCCACCGGGAAAACCUCGUCCAACCGCUCAAUCAACCGCUGAUUUAAUCAGCUCGUCGUCGUCAAACUGGAUCAACACUAGCGCACCUGCUCCUUCGAACAUAAGUAAAACAGGUCGAGGAAGAGCAAGGAAACCACGGAAAUCUGUUGCACCUGCUAGGCCGGGUAAUUUUGAUAAGUACAACUACAAGACUCCGAGUAGUGCUGGCUCUGGUAGCAGCAAGACUGGCUCUGCUAGUUACGGUCGUGGUGCUGCAACGAACUCGAAUCAGAAUGUGGGAUUCAUGCCCAUGCCCCAACCAAAAAAACCUAAGGUUAAUAGUGUCCACAGACGGUUAUAAGUUUUUAUUACUUAUAGUAUUCAAAACUAUUAAAGUAAUGUUUGACUUAGAUAUUCGGGACAAUAAUCCCGUAUUUCUCCAAUUUUGUAUUUGUUUUAUCACACAAUAAUUUUUUUAAUUAAGUUGUUUCAUUUAUUUUGUUAUGUGUAAUUGUGAUGUACGGUGUUACGGGAAGAAAUUGACCCUGAUAAGAUUAUGUUGAA